CCCUGGUCAUAUUUAGUAAUUUUUUAUACAAUUUGUACACAGUACACAUAAAGGCAUUGAAGACAGGAAAAAUUGAGUAAUAGUUUAGCAAAAGGCCGAAUGGAAUAUCCAACAUGUGAUUUGAACGGUCUUGGAAGCAUUAUGUUUAUGCAAAAUUGAUUUGAUAGGAACACUAGUCUCUCCAGAACUCCCAUAUCAGUUUAGAUAAGAGAAUGUUCGUUCCUUCUGAAUCGCAAAAAAAAUCCUUUUUGGAGCACACCAAAGCUGCGAGAGAGGAGCGUGCAUUGGAGAAACGUCGUGAAGGGGCAGCUGUGCGAAUACAGGCUCAAUGGAAAGGAUAUGUGACUCGUAGGCAGUAUCACAAUCAAAUAAUAUCCGAUUUAGAUCAUUUGAUAGCGGCAGAAGGAAAUGAAAAGGAUGUUGAGCUUAUGCCAGCAAUAACUGUGUAUCCUGUUGUACGCCGGUUCCUCACGUAUUUUCAAAGCAAAAAGCAAGCGCUCGAGGGUGAACAGUCGCGUGAGAGGUUUGAAUGUUUAUGUCGGUAUCUAAAUAAAGCCAUGGAAACCGAUUCUCCAAAAAUGUCAUACGCAGCUUUAUGUUUGCAUAAAGAUAAGAGUUUGCCAUGGCUGGCGCACAUCAAAUCAUUACUCAGUCUGUGCUGUCAAAUGUUGCAGGACCUUAAGCCGGAAAAUCAUACAGAUAGUAUUUCUUUGGCACUCUACUUGCACACUUUGGUGGUUUUUACAUCGCCAAAAUCGUGGGGCAUUCUUCGAAGUAAGCAAUUCGAAAAAUUACAACCCGCUUUACAGAAAAUAUGCUGCAAUAUUCAGGGUAAAUUAGUACAAAAUGGAUUUUUCAAAACAAUGCGUUCGAUUAUGUUAAAAGGCACAGCACGCGAAGACCUUUCCAUUAAACCUGUAUCGAUCAAAGCUAUAAUGACUCUGUCUACACGCCCUCUAAUUGAUGGCGAUUUCAGUCGCAAUUUACUCACUCAAUUUUUGGGUGAAAUCUUAUCUGUUCCGGCACUGGUGUACCAUCUGAAUAUAAUCACUCCGCAAUGCAUAGAACAACUUACAUCAAUGGAGAUACUAAAACGUUUCCUUCAAGCUGCCGAUGACGCAACCUUUUUCUCUGAAUUUACAAACAGCAUGCCAGGAACUAAAUUGCUAGCAUUUUUGGCGAACGUUGUAAAUCUAUUUACAAUUGAAAGUCCUCUAGAAGCAAAAGAGCUCGCGUAUCCCCUUUUUACGAAUGCAACUACUGUGCUUCUGGAAAAUAUACCCAACACAGUAUCUAGUAAAGGAGUAUUCACGCAAUGGCAUGAACUUCUUGGCUGGCAUACUCCCUCGUUGGAUCCUGCACAAAAUCAAAAUGUAGCUUUGAUCAAAAAACAGUUUCAUUUGCUAUGGGGUCAUCGAUGCAUCAAGGUCUUGUUAGUAGACUUACUUCGAAACAUUAAUGCGACCUACGAACGAAUAGAAUUUCAACCACCGACACAUGCAUCUACUAGCAACUUAAUCCGACGAGCAUUGGAUCGCGGCUCAACACGAGGAAAUUUCACAAGAGGCAGCAGAACAUGGCGUCGGCUGGAUGGCAAUGAAGUUGAACAAGUGUCGCGCGUAUGUGCAAUGUUUUAUGCUGCGCUAAAUACGCUUUCACAACUAAGGCUAGAUAUAUUAACAGGCAUCUGUUACAAUGAUAACGUUUUGUAUGAUCUGUGGCUACUUCUUACAUCGCUCGGCCCGAAUUGUGGGAUGAAGGAAUUUACGGAACUGUUAAAGCAGGAAAACGCCUUGAAAAAACCCCAAAUCGCAAUGUUGAUGCUAUUUUGUGAUAGCAUGACUCAUUACGUUACCAUUUUAGAUGAAUAUGAAAUGUAUACCGAACAAAAACCAUUUCUUCUCAAUGACUUCGUGAUGCUCACUUACUUCCUGAACAACAUACUAUUUAAAAUAAUAAACGAAAACUUGUUAGCUUUUUUUUCAACAGGAACAAAAAAUGUCACACAAUGUCCAGUCUUCGUAUCCUUGCAUACGUUGCUGCUGUGUCUUUAUCGACGUGAUUGCCGUCGCUCAUUUGCGCCAAGUAACCAUUGGCUUAUACCCGAAGUGAAGCCUUCGACAUUUAUCAGUGAUUUGGAAAAAGCUAAACGACACGCAGUGAUUUUGCUGCAGAAAAUGCCCCAUAUAAUUCCACAUGAAGAUCGUGUCAAACUAUUUCGAAAGUUCGUCCAGAAUGAGAAGGCGGUAAUGGGCUUGACGGAGAGCGCCUGCGCAUCACCACGUUCCGCACUGAUUGUUGUGCAUCGCGAUCGCAUUGUGGAGGACGGCUACCGCCAGUUGGCUGCGCUGAGGCCACAUGCAUUGAAAGGUGUCAUUCGUGUACGUUUUAUCAAUCAGCAAGGCCUGCACGAGGCCGGUAUUGAUCAAGAUGGAGUUUUCAAAGAAUUUCUGGAGGAAACAAUCAAGAAAGUGUUUGAUCCGUCGUUAAAUUUAUUCAAAACGACCUCUGAUCAACGGCUAUAUCCUUCCCCUAUAUCAUAUGUGCAGGACAAUCAUUUGCAGCUGUUUGAGUUUGUCGGACGAAUGUUGGGCAAAGCCGUGUAUGAGGGCAUAGUUGUUGAUGUUCCUUUCGCUUCGUUCUUUCUCUCUCAGCUUUUGGGACAAACACAUCAGGCGCUGUACUCUUGUAUGGAUGAGCUGCCUUCUUUGGACAACGAACUCUAUCGCAGUCUCACUUUUAUUAAGCACUACAAGCAAGAUGUGUCUGAUUUAAAUUUAACCUUCUCGGUUGAUCAGGACGUAAUGGGAAAGAUUGUAACGCAUGAGCUGCAUCCCGGUGGGAAAGCUCGCUCCGUCACUGAUCACAACAAACUGGUUUAUAUCCAUUAUAUGGCUUACUUUCAUAUGAACACACAAAUCCGCGAACAGACUCAGGCUUUUAAUCGUGGGUUUCGCAGUAUUGUCAAUCCAGAAUGGUUGUCUUUAUUUUCUCCUCCUGAAUUACAACGUCUCAUUUCUGGCGAUACAGUGCCAUUAGAUCUGCGAGAUCUACGAAAGCAUACACAGUAUUAUGGCGGCUUUCACGAUUCUCAUCGGGUCGUCGGCUGGUUAUGGGACAUCUUAGCCAAAGAUUUCACCGAGGAAGAGCGCAAAUUGUUUCUUAAGUUUGUAACUAGUUGUUCAAAACCUCCACUGUUAGGCUUUGCCAAUCUUGAGCCGCCGUUUUCUAUUCGCUGCGUUGAAGUUGGUGACGACGAGGACACUGGAGACACUAUUGGCAGUGUCAUACGUGGCUUCUUCACCAUACGCAAGAAAGAUCCUCUGAAUCGCUUGCCAACGUCAUCCACCUGCUUCAAUUUAUUGAAAUUGCCAAACUACCAGAAGAAGUCCACACUGCGCGACAAAUUACGCUACGCUGUUAGCAGCAACACAGGAUUUGAGCUAUCCUAAAUCAUUUUUUUAGGCUAAAAUGUUGUGUGCACCCCAAGACCAAUGAGUGGCGGUUCCCUUAAUGAGUUACAAAAUGUAAAUUCCUUUAGCAACAAGACAUAACUAGAAGUACGAGUAUCAUGUAACAAAGCAUUUUCCAAAGUACCACCAUAAUGGCUGCUGUUUCGAGUUUCUACAUAUCAGCUAGUUUCCGAUUUUAAUACUUGAGACGUGGGCGGUAUCCAUUAAUUUCACUUUCGGGGGCAAACAUAAAUGCUCAACUUUAUAAUCACAUGUUUUUGUUUUAUCGGUCGGGGUUAGUUUUUUUUUGCGAUUUUUUUAAGAUUUAUUUUAAGUAGUUUUAUGGAUUUUAAAUUUUAUUUCAGAAAUAGUUGAGUUUUGUUCACAGUUUGUAAGCUAAUUUUCUCUUUGAUGUCGUGCAUAUGUAUUGUGUUCGGGAGUUUUAGAUAACUGUGAUAAACAAGUUUACAUAACAUUACCAGAAUGUAAUAUUUGUCCACUUUCACAUAAAUAUAUGUAUGUAUAUUAUUGGUGUUAUUGGAAUAUUAAGAAACUAUGUACAUAUGUAGCUGAGUAUGUGCAUACAGAUAUAUGUAUGUAAGAAAAUAAAUUUCAAUAAAUCGAUUACACUGUGUGACAGUGAAAAAACA